GCAAAUAAAAUAACUAUGUACGUUGUAAGUGGGGCAAAUUUACAUGGCCAGUGGUUUGGUGCGAUUCCUGUGUUAGAUGUAUUUCAACACGUAUGCCUACAAAACCAUGAUGAUGAUAUUGAUAUAGGAGAAAUCAAAUUAAUUCACAUCUGCUGGUCAUACAAUCUGUUUCAAGAUAAAAAUAAAUUUUACUUAUCCGGAUCAUUUAAUGGAAAAAACAAAAAGUUCAUUAAGCUGCCUUUACCAACAAAACUUGUAUGUAACAAAUUAUUGUUAUGUGGAAAUGACUACAGUUUAUUUCUAUUUGAUAUAGAGUUGCAUACAAUGUGGGUAAUCAGUCUGGAAAAUACAGAGAAUGUCAAGAAAAUAAAUAUGAAGACAGAAAUUCCAAGUACAGUUAAACGGUUGAAAGAAGAUGAUGCUAUUGUUAAAGUUUGUACUUCAAACUUUAAUUUAAUUUGUUUAACAGCAAAAGGAACUGUUUAUAGCGGACUACUGCCUGGACCCUUAGAUGUCUCCAACUGCUUAGGCAAAGUUUGUGAUGUUCAAUGUGGAUAUGAGCACUAUCUUCUGCUUACUGAUAAAGGCAAAGUGUAUUCAUGGGGAAAUGGAAGGAGGCUACAGCUGGGCCAUGGUGAUCUUAACAAUAUUGACUAUCCCAAAGAUGUAGAAGCUCUCAGUGGUAUUAACAUAAGUAAGAUAAGUGCUGGAGGUUGGCACUCUCUAGCAUUAAGUGAAUCAGGAGACCUAUACGCUUGGGGAUGGAAUGAAACUGGACAGUUAGGAAUAAAAGAGACAGAGCAAGUUGACAAUGACCAAAUAAAAGUCCACCAAAGUGGCCUCAAUAGCUACAGUCAGCCCACAUUAGUGGACAUAUUUGAUAAAAAUGGUGAUAUAUGUGAGACUAAUGUAAAAUACAUAUCAUGUGGUAAUCUACAUUCUGCAAUUAUAUUAGAAGACAAUACUGUGUGGACAGCAGGCUGUAAUAAAUAUGGACAAUUAGGAUUUGCAAUAGAAACCACAAAAAGGCAACAUUAUUUCAAAAUGGCACAUCAAUGCUUAGAAAAUUCCUUGAUAAAAUGUGGGCCUUGGGUGACUGUUAUUUACUAACUGUAAGUUAACAAAAUGUAUUUUAGGGUGGCAUUCCA